AUGGACACUUCAAACUACAAUCAUCUCAAUAUACUCGAUUUACCUAAUGAAAUAUUAGCCAUUAUUUUCAACAAAUUGAAUAUGGUUGAUGUUUUCUAUUCACUUGUGGAUGUUAAUGACCGAUUUAAUCGAUUAAUAUUUUAUCCACUUUUUAUUCGUCAUCUUGAUAUGAUUAUCGAUUCAUCAUCUCAUCAUGUCAUUCUAAUGGACAAGCAAAUCUCAAAAAUUUGUGAUAAUGUUUUACCUCGAAUUCAUCAUCAAAUAACUCAAAUAACUGUUGAACCGCACUCAAUAAGACGUAUUCUUACUUUCAAUUAUUCUCAUCUUUAUUCUUUAUCACUUGUCAAUUUUCCAGAAAGUAUGCUUUAUGAAUAUUUCAUUGGUAUGUUAUUUUGUUCGUUUUAA